AUGGAGAUUGAGAUAACAAAUUUCCCGGACUACCUCCCCUUCAUUCUCAACGACAUCUCAUCGAGCUGUUGUAUCUCCAUCGACUUUGAGCUGUCUGGACUUGCAUUUCCCCCGAGUACACGGACCGAGACGCCAACCGUGCAGGAACGAUACCUCGAAGCCAAGGAAGCUGCUGAGCGCUAUCAGAUCCUACAGGUUGGGUUGACCAUUUGCCAUGAGAACCCGACGACCGCCACCUACAUCCUCAAGCCUUACAACUUCAAUAUCAGUCCGAUCACUAAUCCUGGGAUGGAUGUGCAUCGUGACUGGGUGUUUGGAAGCCGUUCAAUGGAGUUUCUCCUCAACCAAGGCUUCAGCAUUGACACGAUGUGCAAUACCGGCGUCCGAUACCUCUCUCGAGAAGAGGAAGAGUUGGCUAUCCAGAUUGCGGUUGAAAAAUCUCGUUGUCGGACACCUAUCCCGGAUAUGAAGAUCCAAGAGGAUGACCGAGAAUGUUUGGAGUUCCUGCAAUCCUCGCGGCUUACAAUCAACAGUUGGCUUGCAGAGGGAGCGAAACGCCAAGAGUGGCUGAAUAUCCCACCACCUACCGCUGUCCCAUCUCCUCCCCGCGAGAUUCCCUUGGGACUAAGCAGUACACAGAAGCGGCUCGUGCAUCAACUUGUCAGCAUCGAGUAUCCAGGUCUGACAUCCCGGGGUGCAUCGACAUUUGUUCAGAUCCAGAAUCGGAACCCAGACGCUGAGCGACGGUCCUUUGAAACGAGGUUGAAGACUAGAAAGCAACGGAUCAAAAACAACAUCGGGUUUCGAUGGAUUGCUGAAGCACUCGUUGGGGGAAAUUUGAACGAGCUUGACCCGGAAGUCUUCGAACCCCUGCUGAGAAGAAUCAAAAACCCGAUGCUGGAUGUUCAGCAACUGUCAGAGAGAGUUAAAAGGCAGCUCAAGCAGAACAGACCUGUCAUGGUGGGGCACAACAUGUUCUUUGAUCUACUCUUCUUCUACAGAUGCUUCAUAGGCUCAUUGCCGGAUACUCUCCAAGAAUUCAAUGGCGCCAUCCAUGAUCUGUUCCCUAUGCUGGCGGAUACCAAGUAUCUGGCUACCCACGAUUGCGGCAUCAUGGCGCGACAUUCUUCAUUGGAGGAUCUGAACAAUAAUCUGGCACAUCUGAAGUAUCCCAAGAUAGAGCUCGACGUCCGCUUCACAAAAUACAAAUUCCGCAGAUGCGCCCACGAAGCAGGCUACGAUAGCUUACUGACGGCCUUGGCCUUCAUCAAAUUGGGAGGUAACCUGCAACGGAAUCCAGCCCUCUUUGAUCACACAAGCGAGAUGCCAGCCCUGUGUUCCGCGGAGGAUUCUCAAAGCCUAUUUUCCAUUGCCAUGCAGCAAUUGGAUCACCAGAUAUCAUCAGCCAAGAGUGAGUCCCACGAGUUCUUUGAUCAGGAGUGUGAGAUUAUCCCAACCGUUGAUGAAGAGCAAGUUGCGGAACCCGGCAGAUCCUGGGAAGACUACGGAGACAGGCAAAUCACGAACUUGGCCAACCGAGGGAUGCUGGUGCCACGCCUGGGGACAGUCUUCUGGUCCAAUUACGGAAAUAAACUGAGAGUGUUCGGCACGCGAGAGGGUAUCAUUCGAGUGACCGACCACCAGAUCAAGGUCGGGGUGCUGAUUGAACUUUAG